UCUUAUUGGAAGUAUUCAAAAUAUCUAAGGUUGAGUAUUUUGAGACAUCCAAUGGCUGAUACUAUAAAUUCUGACAUUCUUCAUUUCAAAGAGCAUCACUUCCUCCACACUUUUCCUUAAUUAAGUUUAAGUAGAGAAAGAAAGCAAAGGGAGAGAUGGCCAUUGGACAAUUCUCAUGUACCUACACAGAGGAUUACAUAGAAAUGGAUAUAAGUUCUUCCAAUUUCUGUUAUUCUCUGCACUCUCCGCCUCAAGCGAGAGAGUUUGAGUUCCAAAUGAAUGCAGUUUCUCUCGAAAGAGAAACCGCCAUUUCCCCGGCUGAUGAGCUUUUCUACAAGGGAAAGCUUCUUCCUCUUCAUCUCCCACCUCGCAUUCAAAUGGUCCAAAAGCUUAUUCAGAACUCCAAUGCUCACCAUGAAACCGAACCUCGCUUUGAAGAAAACUUCCAAAUCUCCUUCAUCUCCAGCUCCUCUGCUUCCUCUGCUAAUGCAAGUAUUUACACCCCUCAUAAGUCCCUUAACUUUUCACCAGCGGAGUCGUGCAGGUUUAGUUUUGAGCUAAAACCUGUUGAGCAUUGGAUAAAUACUGAAAUGGGAGGGCACCAAAAGCUGAGACAGCAUAGGCAGUCCACUUUGUUUCAGAAACUUAAGGCCUCGCGAGCAUACAUCUGGUCGCUUUUCAAUAAGUCUGCCUGUACAGAUGAAUCUUGUGCAAAAUUAGCUGAAAAUAGGCCAAAAAGAAAAGAAUUAGGCUUUAAAAGAGACCAUUUUACAGCUACAUUAGUUGACAAAAACAGAGUUAGAAACCAGAGGAGGGCCUCAUUCUCUGCAACUAAACCGAAUCCAUCCUCGUUAUCUUCUUCCGGUUCUUCCUCGUUGUCUUCUUCUUUCUCUUUGAGCUCGUCAAGUGGGAUGUUUGAUUCACAAAUACUCAAGAGAUGCAACAGUGCAAGUUCGGAGAUGGCACGUUCCAUCGAAGGAGCUAUAGCUCACUGUAAGCAUUCUCAUUUUCUAUAAUUUCACUCAAGGUAAACCUAAACCAAUGGUGAAGACUUGGUUAGUUAGUACUUGCUCAGCAAGAAUAGCCAACUGAUGCUGAUGCUGGAAAAAAAAAAGACGAGAGAGAAAGGCGUCGCGAAGGACGAAAGCUUGAAACUAUCUAGUUUGUCUUCUGGAUGUAAUGUCGUUGCUUUUAUAGCUAGGAGUUGUUGCAAGUAAAAGCUCUUUAGUCCUAUCAGUCAGUACUAUGUUCGGUUACUGUAUUCAUUGUCAUCUUCUUUGGCUGAUGUUGUUUGUCAUGAAUACAAAUGAAUUGAAUCGUUAUUCUCUCAA